CCCUCACUCCUCCCAUUCUGCCCCUUCCUUCCACUCACUCUGCCCCGCCAGCCUCUCCUCCCCACUCACUCCUUGGCAGGGUGUCAGAUACCCCUCUUCUCCGUGUCUCCUGAACGUUCUCUCCCCCAAACCGUGUCCCCUCUCCUGUCUCUCCUUUUACCCCUGAUACCUCUGCAGAGGGUUCCGAGGAACUUGCCCCGGGCUGGGGUGUCCCAUUAUUUUCCGUCCUUCCUGCCCCUCCCUGCCUCUUUCCUGCAAGGUCACGGCGAAGGAUUUCUCGGAGUAAUUUGCCCUUGGCUGGAAAUGCCCUCUCACGGGUUCCAGCCCAUCGAUGGAGGGCAGCAGGUGGUCCGGCGUGGCGUCACGAGGACCCUCGUACUGUCCGUGGUCACAGCCAUCCUGGGGUCAUUUCAAUUUGGGUACAACAUCGGAGUCAUCAAUGCCCCCCAAAAGAUCAUCGAGCAGAGUUAUAACGAGUCAUGGAUAAGCCGCAGCCCCCCGGGAUCCCCCUCCAUAGACCCCUCUCUGCUGAGAACCCUGUGGUCGCUGUCCGUGGCCAUAUUCUCCAUCGGUGGAAUGGUGUCCUCUCUCAGCGUGGGAGUCGUGUCUCAAUGGUUGGGAAGGAAACGCGCUAUGGUCAUCAACAACGUCUUUGCGUUCCUCGGGGGAAGUCUUAUGGGUCUGUCCCAGAUCAGCCAAUCGUAUGAGAUGAUGAUCAUUGGAAGGUUUCUGAUUGGAGUGUAUUCAGGUCUGGCCUCGGGGUUGGUGCCAAUGUACGUAGGGGAGAUUGCUCCGACACACCUGCGGGGGGCGCUGGGCACCCUACACCAGCUGGCCUUAGUCAUUGGGAUUCUGAUAGCCCAGGUUCUGGGGCUGGAUCUCUUCCUGGGGUCCAGGACUCGCUGGUCGGCUCUGUUCUGGGUGACUCUGAUUCCGGCCGCCGCGCAGUCCUUGAUGCUCCCAUUCUGUCCAGAGAGUCCCCGCUUCCUUUACAUCGUGUGUGAACAAGAAGCUCAGGCCAAGAAGAGCCUGCGCCGUCUCACCGGCCUCCUGGAUGUCUCGGAGGAUCUGUCUGAAAUGAAGGAGGAGAAGAGACAGAUGGACUCUGAGCCGAAGGUCUCGAUCGCGCAGAUCUUCCGCUCUCGCUCGUACAGACAGCCCAUCCUGGUGGCCAUCGUCCUGCAGCUUUCCCAACAGCUGUCCGGCAUCAACGCGAUAUUUUAUUAUUCCACAGAUAUCUUCUCGAAGGCGGGGGUGGAGCAGCCAAUAUAUGCUACGAUAGGAGCGGGGAUCGUUAACACCGCCUUCACCGUGGUGUCGCUGUUCCUGGUGGAGCGGGCCGGACGCCGCACUCUACACCUCCUGGGAUUGGCUGGAAUGGUUAUCUGCGCGCUCCUGAUGACUGUGGCCAUGGUGUUGCAGGACACGGUCCCGUCCAUGAGCUCGCUCAGCAUGGUGGCCAUUUUCGGCUUUGUCGCCUUCUUUGAGAUUGGCCCCGGCCCCAUCCCGUGGUUCAUCGUGGCGGAGCUCUUCAGCCAGGGCCCCCGGCCAGCGGCCAUGUCUAUCGCCAGCUGCACCAACUGGACAUCGAACUUCAUCAUCGGCAUGUUCUUCCCAUACGUCGCGGAUCUCUGUGGCCCUUACGUUUUCCUGCUCUUCGCCCUGCUGCUGGUGGGCUUCCUGGUGUUCACGUAUUUCCGUGUCCCCGAGACCCGCGGGAAGUCCUUCGAUGAGAUUUCUCACGCCUUUCGUGGCAGGAACCUGUCGCUGCUGGACAUGGAGGUGAAGGCGAGCACGGAGAUGGACAGUCUGGGAGGGGGUGGCGAGGAUGAGUGACGAGUGCACACUCAGUGAUGGCGUGGAAUCCAGUGUGGCGCCACCUGCAGCGUGGGACUGAUAUUACCGGAGGACGUUUGCACAGACAGGGAUACCCCGGACGCCUGCUUUCUGCCCUGUUGAGGGAGAGGGGGGGUGAGAGGGGGUGGGGAGCGCGGCGGGGCGUGGAAUCCGUGGAUACGUUGUGUAUAAAUGUGUAUAUUUUUUGCUGUGGCAAUGAAUUAACGUGAGACGCGGACAGGCAGACACACCUUGGAUCACCGUUACCCCGGACUUCUGCUUUUUGCCCUGUUGAGGGAGCGCGGGGUGGUGGUGGGGGGGGUGCAGGGUGAGAGGGAGGAGAGGCUGGGGUGAGAGAGCCCGGGGGGGGGACGUGGGACCCGUGUAUCCGUCGUGUAUAAAUAUCUGUAUAUUUCUUGCUGUGGGAAUAAAUUAUAUAAGUUAUAUAAGUUA